CAAACUGGAGCACAGAGUCAGAGGAACACAGCAGCCAGCAGCCUCCACCACAACCGCAGGAUUCUCUCCUACAACCCAACCGACUCUUGGCCGCUGUUACAUUUGCAAGUCCAAGAUUCAAGGAGCAUUAAAUAACACGAUUACCAGCAGAUUGCUUCAAAGAGAAGUGUUGGUUCUCUGUGUGAGUCCUAAACUGAGAGCUGUCACUUCUCCUCCACUACCCAGAAUGCUUUGCGUGCGUGCCUUCCUCCUGGUGUCCCUUUGCGUGGCCGCGCUGUGCAGCCUGCAGGACAGACAGACGGACUUCGGCCUGCGGGUCUUCUCCCAGAUGGCGGACGGGGCUGCGGCCUCCCGGGGGGAGAACCUGGCCUUCUCCCCCCACGGGGUGGCCACCCUCCUGGGCAUGGUCCAGCUGGGAGCGGGGGGAUCCACUCGCAAGGCCCUGCGCUCCGCCAUGGGCUUCUCUCUGCAAGAGCGCGGGCUGAGCCGGCAGCAGCGGCGGCAGCAGCAGAGCCUCUCGGCGGCGGGCGGGCUGGAGGCCAGCAGCGCCGUGAUGGUGGAGCGCCUGCUGGGCCUGGAGGCGGGGUUCCGCCGCGCGCUGCUGAAGGCGUUCCGCACGGCGCCGCACCAGGUGGACUUCAGCCGCGCGGAGCAGGCCACGGACGUCAUCAACGCCUGGGUGUCCGACCGCACCGCCGGUAUGAUCCCCCAGUUCCUGGCGCCGGGCGCCCUGACGGACGAGACGCGUCUGGUGCUGCUCAACGCGCUGCACUUCAGGGGGCUGUGGAAGGUGCCCUUUGACCCCAAGCUGACCCAGGAGAGGAUGUUCCACUGCGCCAACGGCAGCAGCGUCCCCGUGGCCAUGAUGAGGCUCACCGCCGCCUUCCGCUACGGUGAGUUUGUGUCGUCGGACGGCCUGGAGUACCUGGUGGUGGAGGUGCCCUACGAGGGCGACGCUCUCAGCAUGCUCCUGGUGCAGCCCUUCGAGGCGGACGUGCCGGUGGGCGCGCUGGCGGCCGAGCUGAGCAGCCAGAGGAUCGGCCAGUGGAGCGCCGAGCUGAGGAGUGUGAAGAGGAGGCUGGCCCUGCCCAGGUUCUCCAUCGACUCUGAGGUGAACCUGAAGGCUGUUCUGACCAACAUGGGCCUGGGAGAAAUGUUCAACCUGGCAACGGCGGACUUCUCUCGCAUCACCACUGAGGAGAGGCUGUCUGUCUCUGCGGUUCUUCAGAGGGUGAAGAUCGAGGUGAACGAGGAGGGAACCAAAGCGGCUGCAGCAUCAGGAGCGAUCAUGUUCUCUCGUAUGGGUGUGGAGGAGAUCGCACUGGACACGCCCUUCCUCUUCCUCAUCCAGCACAAGGCCACAGGUGCCGUUCUGUUCAUGGGCCAGGUGAACCAGCCAGAGCCGUACUAAAGGACCUCUCCCCCCCCCCCCCCCCCCCCCCCCCCCCCCCCCCCCCCCCCCCCCCCCCCCCCCCCCCCGCACACACCACCACCAGCAGCAGCAUGGCCAUGGGACCGAAGCACUGAAACCAACUGGUCACAUCACCGCAACAUUGCUACUGACCCUGACCAUAUCGUUUAUUUUUAUAUUUUGCAAUACGAUCAACUCCUCUGCUUGUACGAUGUCUAGUUAGAGUGAAUGAUGAGGGGUCUCAGCCCAACACAAACACUACGAAGAGAUUUUAUUUUAAAUAAAUGGAUUGACUUUAUAUUUUAGGUAGUGAGUAUGAAUGCAACGAGGGAUUUAUAUGAAGGAAUAGACACAUAAUUAAACGUUUGCGCUUUAAAUGAGAGUGCAGCUCAGGGUGCACUUAGAUUUAAGUCUUAAUCUGAACAAUCUGCCUACUUUCGCAUCAAUUACUGCUACUCUUGUGUUUAUGUGCAUAUUUCUUUUAUUUUACAGUGUCAAUCGCACGUAUAUUUUUAUGAGUGCUUUUACUAAUACAAAGUGUCAGCUCUA